CGAUGGACCAAGGGCGGCACAAUGACACCUACAAGUGGUUUAGAAGAACUAGAAUACACGCCAAAAACAAACAGUAUAAAGCCCGUAGGCAUGUCGGGCUUGAGGAUCCCUCAAUCCACCAAAGCAGUAACAAAGGCAGGAGGUGGGGGCACUAAAAUACGAUUUGAUGUAAUGCCAACCAUGUCCUCGGAGGGUAAAAGAUAUGCGGAUCCAAGGCAAGGAAAGAAGGCACGUAAGGCAGCGCUCAAGACGGCCACGACUUUGUUCUCUAACGAACGCACGUUCCUUCACUGGAUCAAAUUUGGUAUACUCUUGGGUGGGUUGGCCUUGACCUUACUGAACUUUUCGGCGGAAAAUACCAAUGAAGGGAUCGACGCAUCGCUUGCCAACCGUUCUGGCAAGGUUGGCAAGAUCGUAGGCGUGGUCCUGAUGGGCAUUUGUCUGAUGUGUCUCGUGUACGCGUCGUCGACUUUCCAUUGGCGACACAUGGGUGUAGUUCGAAGCACGAGCGACAAUCGUUAUUUUGACAGGAUCGGACCCACACUGCUGACGGUCGCGUUGCUGUCAGCAUAUUCCGUCAAUGUCCUUUUGACCAUACAAUUGACCUCGGGCAUGGAUACCAAUUAUCAUCCGGCGGUUUUUUACAAUACGCAACAGGAUGAGGCUCCUCCAAUGGCACCUGCAGUCUCUCCUGUCCCAG